AUGUCCUCUACCCCCACUAGCACUCGCCCACUGAACAGAGGUGCAGCAUGCCUACCCUGUCGCAAGCUCAAAGCGCGAUGCGAUGGAAACAAGCCCGCCUGCGCUCGCUGCGUUGCUAACGGCAGGCCCGACGAUUGCGAGUACGCCGUCGGUGGCGAAGUGACCCGUUCGCGCCUCCUCGAAGAGAACGUCGCUCUCCUCGAGGCGAGGAUUCGGGAGCUCGAGAACCCGAACGAGACCGCGCCAUCAGUGCGACUGCACGAUCCCCGACGCCAGGACGCCCCAGCUGCGGGAUCAUCGCGCGGAGCCGCACCCAUAGCUCCGAACACACAAACACUCGUCCCUGGAAUACCGCAGCUCGCUUCACCCGGUUCCUACGCCGCGCCUGCACAGCAGGAGGCUCAAACACUUGUGCAAACUUUCAUGGCGCACGCAUCUCAGCUCGGCCUCUUCAUGAAUCCGACCCGAUUCAUGCGGGCAGCCAGCCUCCCACGUGGGGCGCCCGGGUGCCUCGACGACGCCCUCAUGAACGCCGUGUACCUUUGGGGAUCCCGCCUGUCAAGCUCAAACACCCUCCGCGGCAGGGAGACGUACUUCUCGGCGAAUGCUGUGCAGGCGGCGGCUGCGGGGUGCACCCUCACCCCGCAACCCGGUAUGCCGGUGCCCAACCACGUGCUAUACUCUGUGCAGACGGCAGUCCUUCUUGCCAACUACUUCCUGUCCGCUGGACGGUUCCUGGAGGGCAAAUACCACUGGCUCGCGGCGGUGGCCCUCGUCACAGGGAGCAAACUUCACCAGCUCGAUAUCGUGGCGCUGGUGGGCGCACGAAUGGACCCGAUAUCCAUCGGGGAGCGGGUGCACGCGUUCUGGACGGUGUUCGCCCUGGACAAGGCCUGGUCUGCUGCAAUGAAUGGGCCACCGUCUAUAUGCCAGCGGGGACGCGCGGGGAUCCUGGUGACGACGCCCUGGCCUCUUGCAACGGAGGCGUACGAACAGGGGACGAUACUUCCGUCUCGCGGUUACAACUAUUCUAUCCACGACUUCGUGCGCGGUGCGCCGAUUGAUGAGUCCGCCGAUGACUUUUCGCGCCUCGCCAUACACGCGAAAGCCGCCGCGCUUUACGAGAGCGCCCUCUACGUCAGCUCACAGUACAGACAUGAUAUGCCGAACCGCAGCGAGUUUCUAGCCCAAUUCACCGCGCUCGACACGCACAUCGAAGGCUUCCACCGCCUUCUCGCAGGAAUCCGUAACCGCGGCGCUGACGAUAUGCGCGAGCUACUUACUGCGCGCACCCUGGUGUGUGUCGCAGCCAUCCAGCUGCACUCGGCGUUCGCAGCGCAGCAGUCUACCUCGCGACAGAAGUCUCUCCGGGUCGCUAUUGCGGCCGCCCGCGCGCUCGACCUCGUCGACUUGAAUCAAUACCGGCAUCUUGACUCAGUGGUCGCGAUGUUGUGGGGCACCGUGGCCAGGGCCCUUCUCGAAGAGAUCAGGAGGCUGAUACAGAGCGCGGCUCCGGUCAGACAGGAGGAUGUCGCGCGGAUCACUACGAGCCUCGACAGAGUCAUGGGCGCGAUGGGCUCCCUGGCAUACAACAGCCCGCUGAUGGCCACGCAGCUCACCGAGAUCCAGCAAGCACGGGCUUCUCUCAACUGA